AUGGCUGUUCUCACCCAGUCGCCCCUUCCUAUCUCCCCUCAUGCUCUUCCCUGUCCGUCUCUAGCUUCCUCGCAACCAGGCGCGACGGCGGCGAUAAGCAUGCGCAGCUACUUCGACGACAAGCCUCGCGUCGCCGAGACAGCACAUAUCGAGUGUACGCCGCGUAGGCAGCGUCUUCUCCCAGAGAUCCCGCCACCACUCGAUCCCUCGGGCUCGUCGUCGUCGGUGUACUCCAACGAGAGCGCAGACUGCCAUUCCGUGCUCGAGACCGAGGACGCGCCGACGUCGUUUCUCGACACGGCUCAAUACGCAGGCUACGCGCACGCCGAACCUCAGAUCCUCGCGCCGUCUGCACGGGCUGCUCCCGCUCACUCAUCAGGCGACCGCCCACGUUCAAAAUACGAUGAGCUCGUUGACGCGCUCAUGCACGAUCCUCCCGUACUGAGCACGCCCCCGCCCGUCCCGCCAAAGUCGGACGUCCGCAAGGCGAAAUCUGUGUCCAUCGUCGCGCCAUCUGACGAGCCGCAGGAAGACGUCUAUCCGUACUGCGACCACACUGUGUCCGAACCGGGGCACGACUUGACGUUCACCAUCCCGGAGGCAUCUUCCUCGGGCCGUGCUCCGCAUGGAAGGACGCUGGCGAGCCAGUCGCUGUCUGAGCAUACCAAUCCGACACACGGCUACACCUCGCGCCUGAGCUGGGCAGAUAAGGCCAGUAUCCCCACCUACCGAAACUCGUUUCCGUUGGCCGGCCAUCAAUUGCCCUCGACGCUUACGAGCUUCCCAGCGACUCCUCAACAUGGGAGGAGGAAGCUCAAGAAGUCGAUCACGCGUCCGAACUCUUUGAUGAAUCCGUUGCCUAGCCCGUCUUCCAGCUGCACCGGAACUGGCUCGCGCAUAUGGCGCGCUCUGAGCCUGCAUGUCCCAUCUGGUCACAAGGACGAGUCUCCGCGGUCACUGAAAGCCAGCAAGUUCUUCCGCACGCGUAGUGCGACUCACACGAGCUUCCUCGACAGCGAUCCCAUGGCCAUGCGGCGGUGGACGCUCGCGAUGGCAGAUGUCCCGGACGAAGUGCUCGUGCAGGAGCUUGACAAGCUCUGGAAGGAGGGGCGGUCGCGCGUUAGCACGAGCCGCACGCCCACGAGCAGUCAACAAGGACAUGGGAGCGACUGUGAUAGCCGUGAUUGGCGCCCGUCAUUCGUUUAUGGCAACUCCUCGGGGUCGCCGUGGAGGGCAAGCACGCGGUUCCAGCUGGGUGGAGAGAGCGACUCGGAGGACGAGGAGGGCCUGGAAGGGACCGUGGAGGAAGCUGAGGAGGAUGCGGAGGAUGCGGAGGAGUGGCGCACGGCAAGACGCGCGCUGCUAUGCUGCCGAGAGCUCGUGCGGACGGAGCGGAACUACCAGGCUCGACUGCGGCAGCUGCUCAACGCCCAGUCGUCGCAUCCGAUGUUCUCCUUGCUGCUCUCGUACGUACCUGCCCUCCUAGAGGCCUCGGACGCGUUGUUGGUGCGGCUUGUCGACGACCCGUCGGCGUGGGGCGUGAGCGCGGCCUUCAUUGGCUGUGAGGAGGACCUCGAGGCCGCAUUCGUUGCGUGGUGCGGAACCGUCGGCGAGUUCUUCGCAGACCCCGAGGAGAAGGACAAGCGCGGCCGCAAGCUCGCGCGCAAGGUCAACGACGUGUCGGCGAGCGCACACGGUCAUGACGAGUUCGGAGUCCGGCAGAAGGGCGGGAAGGGCGCAGCGCCUGCACCUGCACCUGCACCUGCGCCGCCGCUCUCGACACGGAGUCUGAGCCAGGGCGGGCUCGGGCUCCCGAAGCCCAAGGUGCCGGAGGCACGCCGGAUGUCGCUGUUCGGCAUGGGCGAGAGCGGCGGUAUGUUCACCGCUGCGCUGGGCACUGGGCUUGCGUUUGGUCUGUCGCCUGUGUCGCAGCCGCACGGAUACGUCAAACACGGGAGCACGGCGAGCGUCGGGAAGGUGACGGGUCCCGCUGGGUCGCUCUCGCGGACGUUGAGUGCGUGGAAGCGCAAGAGCAUGCCGUCGUCGCUGUACCACUUACCGUCCUCGGCUGGCACGCUGCCGUCGCCUGUCGCACCGACCGCGGAGGAGAAGAAGUUGACUGUCAGGGAUCUUGCUAUCCAGCCGACGCAGCGGGUGAUGCGAUAUGUCUUGCAGUACAAGGAUCUAUUAGCGCACACACCUGUGUCCAGUCCGUCGAGAGGCCUGGUUGAACGUGCUCUCGAAAGCGCCCUUCGCAUCGCGAAGAAAUGCGACCGCGCCCAAGGAAACUCUGCUUUCCUGCGCCGGCCAUGA